AUGGCUCUAGCUGAAAAGCUGCAAAGAGAAGUAACGGAUGCACUGGAAGCACAGCACACAGCCGACGCCUUUGAAAGCGACAGGCGCUCGCAGUUUAAUGGCAACGGCAGCGGCUGCAGCAGCACAAGGUCGGCUGCUGAAAGCUGGACUGCACAACGGAGGUCAGAGAGGCGCCUGCGACUGCGCUCUACGAAUGCCAGAAAGCUGCUGCCGGGGUUUGAGGCCCUACUACGGCGGCACCAGCGGUGCCCUUACUUGCUGCUGCUGGCAAGACACUGCAGCAUCCCGCAGGCGGCCCGCCGAGCCUCUGCACAGUGGAAGAAGGAGGCGCGGAGCAGCCGGAACAAGAGCUGCACCAGCGGGAGCAGCAACAGAUGCCUAAUCAGUGAGACCCCUGCUUUGGAUUGGGCUGUUCCGACGGAGCGUGUGGCAGCUUUUGCUGUUGCCGCCGCUCAAAGAGUUGUGCCUUCGUCUUUACUCGGGUCCGCGCACAACUACCGCCUUUUUUUGCGGCGGGUACGGCAGUUCGUCUGUCUUAAUUCUAAAGAGACCUUUUCCCUUCACCAGCUGAUGCAGCGCAUGCAGACAGGCGCCCCUAGUGGGCGGCGCAGCGCCAGAAAGCAGCAAAAACUCAACGGAGGCUCCCGGCAUCCAGCUGGUCCCAACAGCAGCGGCCUUAGCGUGCUGCAACAACAGACCCGGAGAAAGAACCGCAUGGAACAACAAGAGAGAAAAAACCACUUGCAAAGAAUUUUGUUCCUUCUAUUUUGCCACUUCAUUGUCCCUCUCCUGAGAAACCAUUUUUAUGUCACCGAAGCCGAAUCCUCUCAAAGGCGCUCGCGAUACUUUAGGAAAGGUGUUUGGUUUGUCAUUGAGCGCGCGGCCUCCGCACGGCUGUACGCUGAAUGCUUCAGGCCAAGACAAAACGCUGCGCAGCUGCCCAAAAGCCCCUCUACUAUGACUGUUGCUGGAGAAGGUUCUAAAUUGGAGGCUUCUGCAGCAGACAAGUCGGCUCAGGCUGCACCGAAAGUUACAACCGAACCUCUGCGUUGUAAACGCCUGGCCUGUGCUGCUACCAUCAGUAAUUCUGGGAGCGUCAAGAGGCCUCGACAUUUAAAGCCGCUCAGCAUGCAGAACGGCGAUUCCAAAAUUAUUCGCCCCUACUGCAGAAGCAUGUGUAGCUGCAAUUCUAGCAGCGAAAGUUGCAAACGGAGUGAUUGUUGCAGCAGCGCCUGCAGCAGCAUGAAUUGUAUACAGCGGAAACGCGAGGACGAAAAACCCUGCUGCAGAAUGCUACGAGCCAAUUUUCUUACUGCGGCUGUAUCUGCAGCGCUUGCUGCCCCACUUGCAGUGACUGGUGCAAAUUCAGCAAAAGCAGUCCUACCCUCAUCUCUAGCUGCAUCAGCUGUUCCCCGCAUUCGUUUCUUGCCAAAGCUCCGCGGCUGCCGCCCUCUCGUCAAUCUGUCAAGAGGGCCCAGUGGUGCGCUCUUGGCGCGUUUGCUGCUGGCGGUGCAACAGCAGUGUGUGGCUCAUCCGCAGCUGCAGCAUCAACAGGCCGCCUGCCCAAACGCCUUUCCACCUCUGGCGCCGCCCCCUUCGAGGGAGCAGUUGCCCGCAGCAGCUACAACCGUAGGACUGGACGCUGCCUCGCUUAACGGCGUUCGUCCUCCCUCCACCUAUGGCCAGUACCUCCGCACUUUGCUGCAGGAAGGAGACUCUAGCAGGCGGGGGCACUGGGGCCCUGCAAGCCCUCAUCGUGAACGGUGCAAUUCCCUCUCGGUAAAUUCUGUGCUUCGACCUGUGUGCCAGCACCUAUCAGCCCUUUGCCGUUUCUACCCGGAGUCCCUGGGCUGCUCUGUCAUGUCCAACUCCCAGGUGUAUAUACAGCUCCUCAAGUGGUGGCGGCGGUACCAGCGACAAUGCGGGCGCCUGCGGCGCCUGCUCCAGCGGGAGGGUCCGCGACACGGCAUCCGUCGAGUGUACAUACACCGCAUGCAGCGCGUGGUUGGAGACAUGAGUCGGUGCUUCGAGAGUAUUUCUCAUGAAGAGCUGCAGUCUCUUGUAUUGAGAAUGCCGCUUCCACCAUUCGUCCACCGCCUUCAGGUGUACAGACGCGUUACCACUCCUGGGGCCCUCUACUCUGUCGCAUCCAAGGCGGAGGGCUCGGCAUUCUCCUCCUACCGGAGAGCAGCUGCAACAGGCGCCCGCAUAGGAACCUCGACGUUUGGGGUUCUUGAUGAAUUCUGCGUCCCCCCUAUGCCUUCAGGCCACCCUCCGUGCCUCUCAGCGCUCCUAAGGGGUAUUAGGCGCAACUCAAACAGGUCCUCAAAGCUUUCAGCCAUCAACGCGGCAGUAGCAGGCACUGCAGCUCGUAUCGGCAGCAGGAAUGCAGCUCCAUCACGGGCAAACGAAGGAGGUGCGGCAAAGCCAUGGCCCCCACUGCUGCCCCCAACACAGGCUGGCCAGCUUUCGAAGACCGAGGGUUUCGCUUCCUUCCAGCACCAGGAACCAGCAGUGGGAUUGUCGCUGGCUGCUGUCACAACAGGCGUUGCUGCAGUGACAACAUCAGUGGCAGGAAGAGCAGCAGCGCUGCCUCUUCAUUCGGAAGCAAUCCACAGAGGAAAGCGUCAAAAGCUUUCUAAAGUGCCUGAAAUCACCUGCAAAUCAAACGUCGCUCUAGAGCCGCUGCUGAGCGGCUCUAACCUGUCAGGACUUCUCUGUGCGCUGUUUUACGGAGACAGAGACGCACACCCAGAAGUCCAACGUCUCCUAAAAGGUCAAUCGGGUGGCCGUGCUGUGUGCCGCCAGCUCAGCAGAAGCCGUGAGUGCUUCACUCGAGCGUCUCUUCAUCCGGCGGUGCAGAAACAUGUACCGGGGAAAUUGCAGGGGCCACAGAAGGAAACAUUCCCAGCUCUAGAGGGUUUUGAACUUUUCUGGGAGGCCCCAAAUCUUUCUAUUUGCGGGCCUACCCCUCCCAGCAGCUUCAUUUCCUGCGAUCCGCUUCUGUUUGAGGUAUCACAAAGCUGUGCUGCGCCGAGGCAGCGAAGGUCGGGCAAAGUCGAACGGACGGCAAACCAGAGCCCUUGUGCUGCAACGAAGCAGGAGCAACGGCACAAAGCGGAAGAUGAAGGAAUUGAGAGCAAGUCAGCAGUCGGUCCGUCUGCCGCUACUCCUGCUGGCCCAGCCACAACAGCAGAUCUCUCCACGGCAUUUCGUGCGGCUUCUCACACAGAAGCAAAUGUGGGGUCCCAACGUUAA